AUGUCUUUGCGAUCAGGGCCCUUGAAUCAUGACAAUUUUUAUAUUUCUUUUCCACACGAGCGGGUUGUCCAGGUGACGAUCAACAGACCUGACAAGUUAAAUUGUAUCGACAAAACUACAAGUCGAGAAAUUGCAAAGAUCUGGGAGCAGUUUGAUGAAGAUGAAAGUCUAUGGGUUGCCAUUAUCACCGGCGUUGGGCGAGCGUUCUGUACUGGGGCCGACUUAGGAGAAUGGAACGCUAUGAACAAAGCAGGUGUCGUCAAUGACAUGUCUGCGCCAGGUCUGGCGGGUCUACCUCGUCGAACAGGCAAGAAGCCGAUCAUCGCCGCCGUGAACGGCCUCUGCAUGGGCGGAGGGUUCGAGAUGGUGGCAAAUUGCGAUCUUAUCUUGGCCUCGUCCUCCGCUAUUUUCGCUCUUCCGGAAGUGAAACGAGGAAUCGUGCCAGUCGCCGGAUGUUUGCCGCGAUUGACCCGCACCAUUGGUCUACAACGCACGAUGGAUCUUGUGCUUACCGGUAGGAACGUGAACGCCACCACGCUCCACGAAUGGGGCCUUGUCAGUCAAGUGGUGGAUUCAUCGUCCGAUGUCGUCCGCGCAGCAGUUGAUGUUGCUGAAGUCAUGUGCAAGAACAGCCCCGAUGCGCUGAUUGUUGGUCGACUAGGCGUCCGGAUGAGCUGGGAAGCUGGCAGUGUGGAAGAUACUGUUACAGACCUAGCGGAUCAGUGGUAUCCUCGGUUGGUUGGUGGUCCUAAUUUUGCCGAAGGUAUCCAGGCAUUUGUGGAGAAGCGUUCUCCAAACUGGAAAAACUCGAAGCUGUGA